AUGAAAAGACCAUCUACAGCUGGGAUGCCAAAACAUAAUCAAUCACCUAAAGCCUUUAAGUUGAAUUCAAAAUUAUCUGAAGAAAAUCUAUAAUAGAAACAAUUUCAACUAUCCAAAACAUUAUCGAAAUUACAAUAAGAAUAAAGAAAUCUAUAAUAGCAAAUGAAUUACAUAGAAGUACAUUAACAUAUCCACAAUCUAGCAAGAGAAAUAAAAAUCAAAAAUAACAUAAGAUGAAAAAUAAGGAAAUUAAAGUUGGCUAGGAAUAAAACUGAAAAUCUAAAUUAAUUAACUAAAUUCAUAAAUUGAAGAGAAACAAAGUCAAAUCAAAUAAUUGUAAAAGAAUCCUAAUUUCACUCGAAGUUAAGAGCAAAAUAUUCUUAUAGAAUAUCUAAAUUAUUGCUCAUCAUCAUUAAAAUAGUAAGAAAAUUUAAUGCCAAAUGAAGUUGAAGAUCUCAAAGUGGAGAUUCAGGAAUUAGAAAUAACUAAGAAAUUAUUAGAAGAAUAAAGUGAAAAUCUUUCAAUUUAAAAGAGUUUACUUGAGAAAAAGAUUUCAUAGCAAUAUUUAGAAUUAGAUUAGACUAAAAAUGAGAAGAAAGAGAAAGAAAGAGAUCUUCGAUAUUUAAAAAAAGAAAUGAUUAAAUUUGAAGAAAAACAAAAAGAAACACAAUAAAAUUAAAAAGUAACAAUUAAAAAAAAGGAAGUUAUUGAUAUUGAUGAUAAAAAAGCAGAAAUCAUAGAAAAAGAUUAGCAAAUUAGUUAGUAAGAGUAGAUAAUUAAUUAAUUGAAAGAAAAACUAUAGGAAAGAACAAAUUAUGAAUUAAGAAGUAAAAAUGCAUUGAUAGAUGAACUAUAAGGAUUAAAUCAAUAAGUAUAAUAAAUGAGAGAAGAAUUGAAAGAAUUAAAUGAAUAUUAUUUGGCAGAAAUUCAACCUUUAGAAACUGAAUCAUUACCUAUCAUAUAGGGUAAUAGAGAUCACACAUUUACAAUUUUACAUGAUGUCUAUAAUAAAUAAGAAAAGAAAUUCCCAAAGGCACCAAGGGUUAGGUAUGAAUAAGUUUAAGAUAUGGGAAAAGAAUUGAGUUUAAGAUUGCAACUAAAAUAAAUUACUGUAAAUGAGGCAUGUGCUAUCUUAAUAUAACCUGCAAUAAAUAAUUCAAUCAGUGUAGAAUAAUUAUAAGAAUAAUUACUUUAAGAACCAUUUACAAUGGCUGAUCCUAAUGAAGCCAAAUUAAUAGCUAGAUUUAUUGUAGAAGAUGUUAAUGAUGAAAUUGUUAGUUUGGAUCCACAAGCAACUGUAAAAUUACCAGUUGUGAAAUCCGUUUUUAGACAUCUUAUUAAUUGCUAUGAUUUAUUAAAUUAAGAAUAAGAUAAAUAAUUAUGGGAAGAGGUCAGUGUUAUUGUUAAUAAGUAUGAAACUGCAUUGAGAAGUUAAUUCGAUUAAUUAAAUAAACAAUAACAUGGAUUUAUGAAACCUAAAGAUUUGUUUUAUUGUUUAGAUUAAUUAUUUUUAGAUUUAACAGAUAUUCAAAAAGAAUAUGUAUUAUUGAGACUCUUUGCCUAUACAAAUAACAUUAAUAAAAUAAUGCAUAUGAAAAUAUUUGAUGUCUUUAAAGCAGGAUCUUAUAUAGAUAGAGUUUCAAAGGAUACUAGAAAGAAGAAGAAAUAAAGAACAACUACUAAGAAAAUAGAAAUUCAAAAGUAGGAUAUUGAUGACUUUGAUUGA